AUGGUUUCAUACUAUUUCAAUGUACAUUCAUUUAACUAUCCGCUUUACUUAGUAAAUAAGCAUUUGCUGCAAUGCGAUGACUACAUGAAAAAAAAAAAAAAAAAAAAAAAAAUUAAUUUACAGUUCUUCCAUCCAAAUCAAAAUACGACUGAGGUAGACAUUACCAAAAGAUAUUUUAGCUUACUCUGCAUGUCAUCGAGCAAGAAGAUCGUCAUCCUUUAUGGAUCAGAGACAGGUAAUGCGCAUGAUUUUGCUACGAUCUUGUCCCAUCGACUACAUCGCUGGCACUUCCCACAUACAUUCUGUUCCAUUGGUGAUUAUGACGCACAGGAUAUCUUAAAGUGCAAGUACCUUUUUAUCAUAUGCUCCACCACAGGUCAGGGUGAACUGCCAAGGAAUGCUACAUCAAAACGUGAAACACCAGUAACACUUUGGUCUUUUUUGAAAAAGAAAAACCUACCGCCGAACUUCUUAAACCAUAUUCAAACUGCCAUGUUUGGACUAGGUGAUUCAUCUUAUCCCAAAUUCAAUUAUGCCAUUAGAAAAUUACACCAACGAAUUGUAGCGCAAUUGGGUGCAAAUGAGCUAUUCGAUAGGUUAGAGGCUGACGAUCAAGCCAUGGCUGGGAGCAAUAAAGGAACUGGUCUUGGCGUUGAAUCAGUAUAUUUUGAAUACGAAAGGAAAGCAUUGGAAUUUCUAUUAAAGAAGUUCCCCAAUAGAAGGUUGGGCAAUAAGAUAAUUAAACGGGAAGAGCUGGAUCCAGAAAUUUACUUAGAGCCAAUAUCUUAUUUACAAAUUGCAGACGAGAAUGCGAAUGAAGAUCUCAAUGAAACUAAAAUCGAAUUUCAAGGUGAUGAAUCGGUGAAGAUUGGUAAAGUUAACAUUAACAAAAGAAUCACAUCUCAUGAUCAUUUCCAAGACAUAAGACAGUUUACGUUUAGUAGUAUUGAAAAUAUAGAAGAAGAAAAGUAUGAUCCUGGGGAUACAGCAGCUAUUUAUCCCUGUAAUACAGAUGAAGAUGUGUCGAACUUUUUAGAAAAUCAAAGCCACUGGUUAGAGGUUGCCGACAAACCAUUGGAUUUUACCAACGGAGUUCCAAAAGAUCUCAAAGAUGGUGGGUUAAUCAAACCGCUGACUUUGAGAAACUUACUAAAAUAUCAUUGUGAUUUCAUGAGCAUUCCCAGAACAAGUUUCUUUUUGAAGACUUGGACUUUUGCAACAGAUAUAACUAAAAUGGAACGUGGCAAAGAACAGCUAAAUGAUCAAAAGGAAAAAUUACGUCAAUUUGCUACCGAUCAAGAUAUGCAGGAUUUGUAUGACUACUGUAAUAGACCUAGAAGAUCAAUUCUUGAGGUAUUGGAAGACUUUCUUUCUGUAAAGUUGCCCUGGAAAUAUGUGUUGGAUUAUUUGCCUAUCAUUAAGCCAAGGUAUUACUCUAUUUCUAGUGGUCCUAGAGAUCCAAACAUCGAACUAACAGUAGCGGUAGUGAAAUAUAAAACUAUUUUAAGAAGAAUUAGGAAGGGAAUAUGUACUAAUUACAUUGCGCUCUUGCAAGAGGGGGAACAAGUGAGGUACAAAUUACAAAAUAAUCACAUAAUCAAGCAAGAGUUUUUAAAUAAACCAAUUAUUCUUGUUGGACCAGGUGUUGGUUUAGCCCCAUUGCUAUCCGUGAUUAAAGGAGAAGUAUCCGACAACAUGAGGCUAUUUUUCGGCUGUAGGUAUAAAGACAAAGACUAUAUAUAUAGAGAUACAUUGGAAGAUUGGUCCCGUAAAGAUAAGAUUUCUUUGUCUACAUCCUUUUCUAGAGAUAGUGAAAACUCACCAGGUGUCAAGUAUGUUCAGGAUAAUUUGUGGAGAUUGGGCGAAGAAAUUACUGAACUGGUGAUCAACAAAGAUGCUGUUUUUUUUUUAUGUGGCUCAUCAGGUAAGAUGCCUAUUCAGAUUAGAUUGACAUUUGUUGAGAUGUUGAAGAAAUGGGGUGGAUUCAAAAAUGAGGAGGCUGCCAAAAAAUACCUGAAAGACAUGGAAAAAUGCGAUAGAUAUAUUCAGGAAACUUGGUGA